AUGCCUCCCUACGUCCCACGAAAACGGACGCGUGGAGAAGCAUCACAACUUUUGGAUGAAGGAAAGGGGAAGCAGCAGUACGGCCCUGAAACAACCCUAGUAGCACCCCCGCGAAAGUCGACCCUUUUUGAUGACCUCGAUGCGACCUCCACACCGAGGUCCUCCGGGCGGAGACAGCCAUCGGCCUUGGAAAUAGCCGAUAGCGACGAUGACGAAAGCUCGCUGAGCUCGUUGUCCGACGCCGACUUUGAGGAUGUCCCCGCCGCAAAACGACAAAAGGUUCAAGUACCUUUCAACGGCGGUGGCGAAGACGACAGCGCCGUGGACGAGGAUGAGGACGAGGACGAGGACGAGGACGUUGUCUUUGAAGACGUUGAAGCCCCGCAGACCAGCUUCGCUCAUGUUCCAACGCCUACCGGUGACCUCGAGUUGACCCUGAUCCGGGACACGAGGAUCUCACUCGCAAAUGCUUUAGGAAGGAAGGGGCCGUCAAAGCUUGAGCGCCGCACACGAAUAUCCACGCAUUGCGUACAUGUGCAGCUUUUGCUUUGGCAUAACGCCAUCCGAAACUCGUGGCUCUGUGAUCCCCUUCUUCAAGGGAUUCUGCUGUCGCACCUCCCGCCGAAACUUUGGGCUGAGGUUGACAGGUGGAGGUUGAGCAGCGGGCUGGUACCACCAGCGAAGGCAGAGAUGAACCGGGAGACAAAGAGUAAUAUCAAAGGAAAGGGAAAGGCCGUAGCUCGGAAAUCUCGCGAGUGGACCAAAGCUUCCCAACGCCUAGAACAGGGCGCUGCGGAUUUGAGUCACUGCGAUCCCCUUUUUCGGCUGAUGAAGUAUCUUUCUGCCUGGUGGAAGCAACGUUUCCGCGUCACAGCUCCAGGCCUACGAAAGUGGGGAUACAUGCCGCUCGAGCGGCUCGACCGUCUAACAAAGGCUAGUAAGCAAAACAGUCAUGAGAAGGAGAGAUAUGGAGAACGUAUCCAGGACAUUGACGAAUUUCGACGCUGUGCGCAAGAAUGUGCCGGCAGCCGGGACGUUGGAGCUCAGCUGUUCACGGGUCUGCUCAGAGCACUAGGCUUGGAGGCUCGCCUGGUAGGCAACCUCCAGCCAUUGGGCUUUGGGUGGAAUAAAUUGGAAGAAGCGGACCCCGAGAAGGCAGAGUUCAACUAUGGGCAGGUCACCGGAAAUGACAGGGCCACUGCGAAGGCGGCUGAAAAGGCAGGAAGGUUGGAAGACACUGUUCCCGCUCGAGGGCCGGGCAAGGUUGCCAGGACGGCAAUAGAGGAUGGGGAUGAUUCCGAGUUGGCCCUUGACGACAGCGACGAGGACCUCGCAAUCCAAGUCCCACAGGCACCACAACAACGGGGGAAGGUGCAUGAUGCUGACCUGGAGUUUCCUCACUACUGGACUGAGGUGUUGUCCCCGGUGACGAAGAAAUAUCUUCCAGUCGAUGCCAUUGUUAAGGCGGUAAUUGGUACGAAUCGAGAGCUCAUUGAGUCACUGGAACCACGGGGCGGGAAAGCGGACAAGGCCAAGCAGGUUAUGGCUUACAUUGUUGGGCACUCCCAAGACGGAACGGCUAAAGAUGUCACGGUCCGCUAUCUGAAACGUCAGACUCUCCCAGGGCGCACCAAAGGAAUGCGCAUCCCCAUCGAGAAAGUCCCAGUUUACAACCACCACGGCAAAGUUAAGCGGUAUGACCAGUUCGACUGGUUCAAAUCUGUCAUGAGAGGGUAUAGUCGUGGCGGCGAGAGAUGCCCUUUUACGGAAGCUGACGACUUGGAAACCAUGACGGAUCUCAAGCCUGCUGUGAUGGAAAAGAAGGAAGUGAAAGAGGGCGAGGAAACUCUUCAGUAUUACAAGCAGUCCAAGGAUUUCGUCCUGGCCCGCCAUCUCAAACGCGAAGAAGCCCUUCUACCUACCGCCGUUUCCGUGAGAACAUUUCGAAACAAGGGGAAAGCCACCGAAGAAGAGCCCGUCUAUGCUCGCAAGGACGUGGUCCAAGUCAAGAGCGCCGAAACUUGGCACAAACAAGGCCGGGCACCAAAACCGGGCGAAAUGGCCUUAAAACGGGUUCCCUACCGUGCAGCAACUACGAAUCGACGGCGCGAGAUUGCGGAGGUCGAGGCCGUCACGGGUGAGAAGGUUCUUCAGGGCUUGUACAGUUUCGACCAGACUGAUUGGAUCAUCCCGCCGCCGAUCAAGAAUGGGAUAAUCCCCAAGAACGAGUACGGUAACAUUGACCUGUUUGUCCAACACAUGUGUCCCGAGGGCGCCGUGCACGUGCCCUACCGCGGCGCGAUGCGUGUUGCGAAGAGGCUGGGUAUUGACUUUGCGGAGGCUGUGGUGGAUUUCGAGUUUGGUCAUCGCAUGGCCGUUCCGGUAAUUCAAGGGGUUGUCGUCGCGGAGGAGCAUCAUGAUCGGGUGAUGGAGGAGCUAGCGAAGGAUGAGGCCGAGAAACUGAGAAAGGAGGACGAGAAGAGGAGGAAGGCGGCGCUGGGUAUGUGGAGGAAGUUCAUAAUGGGGUUGCGAAUUGUGGAGAGAAUCGAGCAAGAUUACGGACAAGUGCAGGAAGAUGUGGACGUAUUUGGGCAUGAGGGCGGUAGGGGUGAGUAUGAUGAUGCAGCGGCCGGAGCAGAGGAGGAGAUGGGUGGUGGGUUUUUGUCUGAGGACUACGAGGAUGAGGGCGAACAGACGUCACAUAUGACCUCUGGCUUCUUCCCUGUCGCGGAUGAAGACGGGGAGGACGGCGGAGAACAAGCUGACACAUUGGAGGUUGACCAUGGUGAAGCUGCUCCUAGUCGGUGGUCGAAAGAAACAGCAAGCAAAAUAGUUCGUGGUACUGUACUUCGUACAAGUUACUUCAUUUCUGACUCGCCUUCCCCUCCGUCGUCGCCAUCACUCCAAGAGAUCUCGCCUCCCCAAGCACUAACAACCAAUGCUGACCCGGAUUUCGACGAGUUGGACUUGGACGACCUUCACGAUUUUGACGAAGAGCCUCCGUCGUGCGAGGAGACUGUUCUGCACUGCUUUCCCGACAUCUGCCCGAAAUUUCUGCAAGAUCAGGCCUUGAAACAUGGGGGCCGCUCACAAGACGUUAUUAGCGACAUUCUCGAUGAACAGGAAAAGGGGCGGCCCUAUCCGAAGCGACCGAGCCCCCUGAAGCGAAAGCGGCCUGAUGAGGAAGACACGGAAGAGACGAACGUGCAACCACAGUUCGCCAACGCCGAGCCUCGGCCCGCCGACAAAGGCCGUGGAUAUUUCAAUUCCUAUUUGAAGGCAGCUCGGAUGCUUCUUAAAGCUGCAUUUCCGCAGAGAUACGCCGAGGACGUCGACAAUGCCUUCAAGGAAAAUGAUUACCGGGUCUACACCACAUACCUGGCCCUCGAUGAAGCCAAUUGGAACCCAGCAGUCGCACCGGCCAGAACCAAGAAAGUCCCCCCUGGAAUCGUGAAGCUUCCUAACGUCGAAUAUGAUCUGCGCCUGAGAGCACAUCCAGCGGAGAUAGACGCUCUAGCCACUCUUACUGCCGUCCGCACAGCUUGUGAGGCCAGGACACGCGCACGGGAGACAAAAGAGCUAGAGGAGAGAUUGAAAGCGGAAGAGGAGGAAAAGAACUUAGCCCAAGCCAAGGCUGAAGGUACCGUGGCAGACUGUGGCUGCUGCUUUGACGAAUUGCCCCUUAACCGCAUGGUGCACUGUGAUGCCAGUACUGUCCACUGGUUCUGUCGAGCCUGCGCAAAGCAAAUGGCCGAACAUGUUGUUGGCCUUUCCAAGCAUAAACUUGCUUGUAUGUCCAUGGAUGGGUGCGAGGGCGGAUUUGCUAAAGAUCAGAAGGAGAUAUUUCUGGAUGACAAGCUGAGCACAGCCUUGGAUUUGAUCGAACAGGAGGAAGCUCUUCGACUAGCAGGUAUUGAAAACCUUGAAACCUGCCCGUUCUGCCGGUACGCUGCCGAGUACCCACCGGUCGAACAAAACAAGGAAUUUCGGUGCGAGAAUGCGGAGUGUCUCCAGGUCAGCUGCCGACAUUGUCGAUUGGAAACACAUAUCCCCAAGACUUGCCAGGAGGCUGCGAGAGAGAACGGACACUCAGCUCGGCGGGCCAUUGAGGAGGCUAUGUCUGCUGCUCUCAUCCGCAAGUGCAACAAAUGCAGCACACCUUUCAUCAAGGAAAAUGGUUGUAACAAGAUGACCUGCACCCGUGGCGGAUGCUACAACGUCCAGUGCUAUGUCUGUUCACAAUCCUGUGACUACAGUCACUUUGACGACUCCAGACGGGGCGGCAAGAAGGGCAACUGUCCAUUAUUUGACAGUGUAGAACAACGCCAUCAGAGCGAAGUCCGCGCAGCCGAGGAGUCCGCCCGCCAGAAGGCCGCAGAACAGAAUCCAGAGCUCGCAGCAGAAUUGCUCCAAAUAAACUUCUCCGACAAGGUCCUUCAGGAUGAUGCACGCCGCAAAGCCGCCAACCCCGCGGCAGUAGGAGGAGUGCAGCAAAAUGUCCAAGCUCAGCAGAGACAACAAGCGAGACAACAAUAUCACGCGAGACAACAACUCCAAGCACAACAACGACUCCAGGCGAGACAACAACAACAAGCGAGACAACCACCACCGCCACAGAAACCACAUAUUGUCCAACCUCCAGCACCACCAGCUGCAUGCCCGGCCCAACCUGCUCAGCGCGUCCCUCCCGCGAGGAACAAUAUCGCUGGGCAGCCUUUCCAAGCUGCACAGCCGGGGGUUCAGCCACUACUCCCUCCCCCACAACGACCCCGGGAUUUUCUAGCUGAGUUUCACCGGUCAAUACAACUAGCAGAGUACCAUCAUACUAACGGUGGCCAUAUUGGCGGUAACAUGCUUCACGCGCAUACAGCAGUCAACCCGUUUCCCCACGCACAAGGAAACGCCGUUGUGCAGAAUCAGCCACAUGCUAUGCAAGCUGGUCAACUAGGGCCGCACUGGCAGGCUAAUCAACCCGCAGUUCAGGGUGGCCAGGUCGGGCAGGUACCUGCGCCUGCGGCCCGGCACUACCAUCCAGUGCCUGGCUCUACGGGUAACCGGAACCCGCCUGUGUUUGGAAGACCGUGGGGGCCUAGGGUGCCCUGA